GAGGAGGGGGAGAGGAGGGAUGUGACCUGUGACCCGCACUAAUCUCCACCAGGAAUGACAGGCAUUCAGUGUACGGAGUACAGGAACACAGGACACUGCACGGAGCACACACCGGAGAAGCACACACCGGAGGAGCACAUGAGUCUAUGGGGGGAUUACUUCUACCGGGAAUGUACGGCCAAGGGAGCCUGAGAUACGGCCGACUCUGAGGAACCCCCCCCUGGAGGCUGACAAUGGGCCAGACCUCCGUCUCUACUCUGUCCGGGAAGGCGAGCAGUGUUGAUGGGUUGGACAAAGCUUCCAUUGCAAACUGUGAUGCACCAAACUCAGGCAAUCAAUCACCUCCCUUGAAGAGGAAAGGAAGGCUUUCCUCCAUAGGCAAGAUCUUCAAGCCCUGGAAAUGGAGAAAGAAGAAGGCCAGUGAGAAAUUCCGAGAGACAUCAGCAGUGUUAGAACGCAAGAUUUCCAUGAGACAAAGCCGAGAGGAGCUUAUACGAAGAGGAUUUCUCAAGGAAAUUGCAGACCACGAUGGUGAAGUACCAAUCAAUAUGGGAACAUCAAAUGGUCAUACAGUGCCAAUCAGUGAGGAGCCACCUAAAGAACAGAAGUCUACAGCAGGAAAUGGAGCAAUAGCCUCAAAAGCAUCUGUUUCAGAAGAGAAAGCUGACAAGAAAGAAAGGGUUCGGGUCUGUCCAGAACUUCCACGUUCAGCUCCACCUCCACUUAAACCCCCUCAAAAAAAUCUUGCUUCCAAAAAUGUAGCUGGCAGUUAUAAGAAAAAUGAAGCAGCUACAAAACAGCAUGCGGUUAGUUCUAAUAAGCAGCCACCAGCCACCCUUCCCAAGCCAACUAAUCGGGCAGCACGCAGCACUGUAGAGUCAACUGAAAAGACUGUAGGAGUGCCUGAGUCAAAAACGAAAAAAGCUGUCACAACUUCAAAAAAUUCUGCUGCUUCUGCUGGGCCAAGUCAUAGAAAAGAUGAGCCUUCUAUCAAAAAACCUGCCAAAAGCAUUUCCAAGCAGCUGUCUGCUCCAGCACUUAAAACAAGUCGAGCAGGCACACAGGAGAAUAAUGCCUCUUCGAGUAACAGAAAAACAGCUGCCACCAAGACAUCAUCUUCCACACUGGCAUCGACUUCUUCCAGGCCAAAAGCUUCAAAAGAGCAGUUAUUCAGCAAAGCUGGGAUCUCGACCACUCCAAGAGCCAAAAAAUUACACAGCAAAUCUUUAUCUGUGGAUCAGCCUAUGUUGUCACAGGCUAGUCCUACAGGCCUAAAGAAACGGGACAGGACUGAGCCGGCUACUCAGCAGGUGGACUCUGAAAUACAAGAGACCAGUCCCGUAGAAAACUCUCCUGCUGAACAGCAGAAGCCACAGUCCACUUCUCCUGCUGUAAAGCAUAAUUUAAAAACUACGUGCAAUAUAUCUGAUGCAACGCAGGAAGAAAGUCAGAACGAUGACUCUGUUAGUGAAAAUGUGCAGUUACCAGAAAACAGAUGUGACAGUAAAACUAGUCUGGAUAUAACUGGUGUGAAUGAAGAAAUUACUGAAAGUGAUGUUUCUUUGAAAAGUCAUGACGACACCUCAAGCCUUAAAAGCCAGGAGGCGACAGAUGAAUCUUUUGAAACUUCAGUCAUUCCAGAUGGAGAUAGUGAAGGCAAAGGGAGCCAGACAAGUGAUUCUGACUCAGAUGGCCCCAUCCUCUACACAGAUGAUGACGACGAUGAUGAUGACAGCACAGAAAGUGCAUUGGCAAGUAAAAUCCGCCGUAGAGAUACACUCGCUAUAAAACUUGGGAACAGACCAUCUAAGAAGGACCUAGAAGACAAGAAUAUUCUGCCACGUACUUCUGAAGAAGAACGACAGGAGAAGUGGCAGCAGAUUGGAACAAAGCUAGUGAGGAGACUCAGUCAAAGGCCAACCAGUGAAGAGCUAGAGCAAAGAAACAUCUUAAAACAAAAAAAUGAAGAGGAGGAGCAGGAAGCGAGGAGAGAACUGAAGCGAAGGCUUACGCGCAAGCUCAGCCUGAGGCCUUCAGUGGCUGAACUGCAGGCCAGACGUAUCUUGUGCUUCAAUGAAUAUGUAGAGGUUACAGAUUCUCUGGACUAUGACCGCCGUGCUGAUAAACCCUGGGCAAGGUUAACGCCUGCUGAUAAGGCUGCCAUUCGAAAAGAACUUAAUGAAUUUAAAAGCACAGAGAUGGAAGUACAUGAAGAAAGUCGACAGUUUACAAGAUUUCAUCGUCCAUAGGGAAGCAAAGAAAAUUGCAAGUUAUAAUGGGAGUUUAUAUUCAGGAAAUGGGAAUUUUCCAAUAAAUCAUCGCUAUAUUGAAUCUUCGCAACAUGGGCACAUUUAUGGAGCUUAAAUGAAUAUCGUGAAGGAAAGUAAAAGGAUGGAUUCCUGGAAAAACAGAAGCCUUUGCAUGUUGGUAGAUUCCCUAUUGUUGUAAAGGUGAACUUUGGUUAUAUGAGAGAAAAUCUAAACAAACCAUUUAGCCAGAGUUCAUAGGGUUAUCUGGCCUGAGGUUGGCUACACUUUUCUCACCUUUCAAGUGUUACAUUGCUUCUGUCCAAUUUUGUCAAAGCCAACACUGAGCAGCUGAGUUUUUCAGCUUUGGCAUAUGUCUUCUGCAUGUAAUAACAGUGGGAAUAGCUGCCAACUUGUGUUUCAGAAGACAAUUUACUAUUGAUAAUCAUAGCAAGAAUUAUCUCACAAGAGUAUUAGCUAUAAUUGUCUCCUUAACUAUUUCCUAAUGAAAGGAUGAACAGAUUUUAAGUAUAAAUUGCUCCUGGAAAUUAUAACGCAUUCCUCUGUAUAGACCUUGGAAGAAGCCCAGAAUCAUCUGCAAUUGCACUGUGCCUGGAAAUAAAUUACAUUCUUAAUUCUGAAGACUCAAAAAAUGUUCUUCUUAAAAAAAAGAUUUUGUGCUCUAACCAAUGCAGAUCCAGUAUUUUAACUUGAAGACUAAGACAGUCUGACCACAGUCACUCCACACUACCAGGCUUACGGUAAUAAUGGCUGCUCUGUCUGAACCACAAGAAUAUCGGCACAUGGUUCAAUAACUAUUUCUGACACUCGCUCUUUUUGUAAAAAUGUGAACUCAAGCAUGUCGAUGACAUUGUAACUACUUUUAUUUUAUUGUAUAUUAUGUAUGUAUUCCAUAGCGCCCUGUGGUUAUCUGCAAUGUUUACACUAAAAGAUAUGAUAUAAUAUACAUAGCACUUAACUCUAUUGAAGGGCAGAAUAGAUUCAACUAUAUGUACCAUGUUUAACAUAAAAUGUGAACAGAUAUAUUGUUGACACCUGAAGGAGGCCUAUUAGUUUGUCCAUUAUCGGUUUUAAGUGUAUAUUCUUAGAAGAAUGCUAAGUUUAUCCCAGGCAUAUGUUAGUUGAGAUUAAAAGCUGAUUUACAAAAACUAAGCUAGUUUCAGUGUUUUUGGAAUUGUGUUAUUAUAGUGGAACUCCUUGCAAAUAUAAAAAAUGCACAUAUAUACAUGCUUAUAUGUGGGGUUAUUUAUUUAUCAAUUAAUACUGAUAUAAAAGAUGGCAAUCUGCUUUUCUAAAAUCAUUUCAAUUGUCUUAAUCUCAGAUAUAAGUUUGAGAGUGGAAGAUUGUGCACUAAAAACCAAAUGGGCUCUGUUGCAUUGGAAAGUGCUGUCCGUCUGAAAUAUCUAGAUACUGGUUGUCCACAAUCCAGUGAUCAGACAGAGGACUCUGAAAAAGCGCAAAACUGCAAUAGCAAUUAUUGGUGUCACCCUUGGUGGCUUGGCAGUAUAUUUUUGAAAAUUACAAAAAUGGCUAAACGGAGUUACAAACAUCUUAGCAGGUAUAUCUUUUACAUAUUUUAAUAGUGAAUUGGCUAUUUGUCUGGAGUUCCAACUUUAAAUGGCACAGUUUAGCACUUUGUGACUAAACUGAAUCAAUAUCUGAAAAAAAAAAAAAAAAUACCUGGGAAAUUAAAAUGCCAUAUAUUUUGUACUUUAGCAGCAACUCACAGAAAAGUAAACAUGGAGCAACAUUUUAAAGAAUCUUUGUUUUGUAGAUCCCGCCUCUAAGACGUGCAUUGUUGGGUCUGCUUCAAUGAAGCUAGCAUGCUUUAGAGAGGGUGGGUUGGGUGUUGAACGCUAAAGAUUUAACAGCUUGAAAAAAAAAAGGUUGUGUUAAGUCAUCUGAACUGCAAUAGUACUGCCAUGGCUUUGGCUCAUUGUAUCUACUGAUAGGUGCAUUUCUUUAGCCUUUCACACCUGUACUCUACCUCCUCUUAGGACUCUUUAAGACAGGCAGUAAUGCUCAUCACCCUCUGAAAGCGUUCUGAGGUGGAUUGCUUUUCAGAGGGUGGUAUAGCAGGGACCAGUAGGCAUUCAGGAGGUACUACUGCGCUUUUUUUUUUUUUUUACUUUUUAAAUUGCCAAACGGCAAAUUUUACAUUGCGGGACCUCGCUACAACUGCAAGCCAAGUGCUUGGCUUGUGUUACAGCCCAAUUGAUCUCAAUAGGCAAGUUAACAGGCUGUUACAUUUCAGUGGGCAGCCAGGGGUGGGCUAAAACCGGAGCUCAGCCGCUUGUUUUUACUGCCCUCAGACCACCAGUGUGAAAGAGCCCUUACUUAUGUGUUUGGUUGAUUAAAGAAAUUCUAACUUUAUGGUUUAAGUCUGCUUCAUAACAGUGCAGGUGUGUUCCACAGCUUGAGCCUUUGAUAUUGUAAAUGUAAUGCGGUAGACUAUAAAUAAAUGCAAGUGAGUUAUUUCAGUAAUCCAUAGCACAGUCAGAUAUUUUCAGAAUUAUUAUUAUGAAUCACUAUACUUUGCACAUCAUCUUGGAAUUGUCUAAUUGAAUAACCAUUUUUUCUGUAUUCAAGUCACAGGCAAGAGGCAGUAGUAAAUGUCUUAGAGUUUUAUUUUUAAUUGUUAAAAGCUUUACCAUAGUGCCAUUUGUUAUAAACAUGGCCAGUUUAUCUGUUUACCUGCCAAAUUUAACACUGUACAAUUUGUGUCUUAAAAACCAUGCUAAUGCCUGAAUUAUCAGUAUUAGAAUUGAUUUUAUAUUAUAAGUGUGUGUAUAUAAAGAUGAUGUAGUCAGUUGUGUUUUAUUAUUUUAAAUGGUAAAAA